GCCACUACGGAUGGAUGUUCUAGAUACCCAAAACCAACCAUUAGCACCAUCGCAAGGCGGAGUUUUUCUGGAUCAGCAAUUGGGAUUUUUCGGUUAGUUGUCGAUUUAACUCCGAGUCAACUGGCCGUGCGGUGUGUGCCAGGGAACAAAGAAAAGGAUUCGGAACAAUAAAGAUCUAGUGCCAAAACGGAUAAUGUCUGCCUACGAGGAAAUGUCGGUGAAGACGCCACGACGUCUGUCACCCAUUUGGUUUCUAGUGCUCACUCUGCUCUUAUUUGCCACCACAUUAACCGUCAUUGCAAUGAUCGAGGCUGGACGGGCAGAAAGUAACUCCAGCGAAGAAAGUGAUCUCCUGAUCCUCACACGUGUGUGGAAUCAUUUUAAAACCGGUGCCGAGAAUGAUACGGAAAUAGCCACAGUGGAACGGAUUGCUAGGGAUGCCGGAAACGGAACUAACCCAAAUCCAUCACUGGCAGAGGAAAGCAGAAACUUUUACGAAGAACAAAGGGCAGUGGUUGUUAACUCACAAAGCAUGGAUCCCGUAAUGGGACAACGGCAGGAUGCCUACGGUCCACCCCAAGGCAGAGAGGAGUCCUACGACCAGGAUCCCUACUAUGAUGUUGCUGAUGAUUACGGACCAGGACGCUAUCCUUAUCCCGAGUCCAAACAAGAGUCUGAAGAGGACGAACGCUUUUACGAUAAGGAUGAUUCGUCAGCGGGAACGGAAGAGGGCAGGUCGUCGCAGGCGCGCCCUUACGAUGCCUAUUACGCACCUUGGUCACAUGGUCAGAGGCCGGCACCAGUUCCUGUGGCUACUCAUGGAGCAGCAGAGGGCAACAACAGGAAGCUUCAGGCGACCCCUAAUAGAUCACCUUAUCCCGCCUACGAUGAGGUGUACGACUAUCCGAUGGGCUUCCAGCCGCGACCUCGUCCGGAAUCUGAGUUGGCCAAGCAAUCGCAGUCCACUCCUGACAAUUCAGUGGCUCAGGUGCAGAGCGAAUCCACCCUGGUCACUGUGCUGAAAAGUCUCAAGCAGAUCUGGGAUCUAUACCAGGCUCUCAUGGGUGCCUGGAAUGCUGUGAGCGAGCGCCAUCAACAGAGCACAGAGAAGUUCCGCCAGGAGCAGGCGGCAAAGCAGGCCGAGAAAAACCGACUGCGUCAGCAGCAGCAGAAGACUAGGAUUAACUCCAAGAAACCUCCAAGUGUCGAGGGAAACAAAAAGAAUCAAACCAAAAAAACCCACCACAACGACAAAAAGUCAGCAACCACGACGACCUCUGCUCCAGAUAGCUCUGAAGAGGAAGAGGAGAAGGAGGCGGAACACUCGGAGAAGAAGGUGGAAAAAGUUGACACUGUGACACCAUCACCUCCAUCCACCAAAAUUGAGGCCAUCAAAGGGGAAAAUGGCAAUCUAAGAUCUGUUCGUGGACUGCGACACAGACGCAAUGCAGAAGAGGAGGAGAAAGGUGAUACGGAUGUGGGUGAGGGUCGCUAUAUCAAGGGCGAUCCUCUUAAGGGAUACUACGAUUUCGUCAUCACAGAGGGCUCCUACAAGUUCUGGGCCGUCUUUCAGGUGGGCACAGCACUAUUGAUCAUCUACUCGACGUUCGCUGCCAUUUACUAUUCCAAGGUGAAUCCGCUGACGAGUGACUACGAUUAUACAGAUUACCUGGGCGGAGUUCGUUCUCUGUCCGGUGGCGACGCAGAUUUUGUGGAUGAUGGCGACGCAGCGACGCCACCGGCCUCGACUACUUCCAACAUUAUGAAGUGGCUGCCACAGACGGCGCACUCCAUCAAGUUUAUCCUAGAUGCCAUCGACAAGGUGCCACUGGAUUUGGACAAAGACAAGGAACCCGGCUGGUCUACGGGAAAACGGAUACGGCGACGGGCAUGAGAUAGGGAACUGAUUAAUAUAUGCGAUAUUUGUUGAUGAAAAUAUAAUAAUGUUGAAGAUAAACUUGA